UUAUACAAUGACUGAAUCUAUUGAUGAAGCAGAAUUAGCUGCUAUGACACAACCAGAACUACAACACUAUUUAGACUCUCUUUUUGAGCAAGCUUUGGAUAUUAUUCAGCAAUCUCAUCAAUGGCCUAUCUUUCGUCAGGAUGAUACUAUUACCACGCGACGACAACGACUUCCACCCACUCAACAACAAGGAACGACAUUGAAUAGGAAAACAACUUCUUCCAGUCGACAUUAUUUUAUCCAAAGACAUAGUGAACAUGCUGAUAUUACAUACGAUCAAAUACGACAAGUCUUGUUUGAAAAUCAUUCAAUGAAUGAACCCAAAUAUGUGGUCAUGUUGGAAGAAGCCAAACAACUCAAAUUAUUAGUAAAAGAUACAACAACAGAAGCAGGUAUUUAUUGGCUUGGGUUCAAGGCAUCCAUGGCUUCUCCUCGGGAAUUUGUGGAAUUGGUUGCAACACGUGAAUUACCCAACACUCAUUCCUUCUUGGUGGUCUCUCAACCCGUGGCAACAAAAGAAUAUGCAAAGAAAAGUUAUGUUCGUGGUAAAUAUCUUUCUUGGGAAUAUGUUUCUGAAAAACAACAACAAAUGGAUAGUGAUUCAAAAAUAGUGGAAUGGACUUGCGUACAACAAUCAAGUGCUGGCGGAUGGGUGCCUGGCUUCUUAUCGGAUUGGAUCGCAUCAAGGGAAUUUCACAAGGAUGUAGAUAGCUUGAUCAAUUAUAUAAAAGGAACCAAGUAGCAUUGGUAUCAGUAUAAUCAGUAUUAGUAUUAGAACUGUCGGUAAUACUAUGGUAUUGUAGUAUUAAUAAAUAGUGCCAGUAGUAUUAGUGAUGCUAGUAAAUAUAUAUAUAUAUCUUUGACAAUUAAUAAAUCGGCUGUACAUACUUUUUUUUUUU